CUUUGUACCGGUUACGAACUCACAGACGCACUGCGGAGAUAUCUCGAAGUAGGCCACGGCAGAAACCAUGCGGAAGAGCUGUCUAACGCUAUCGCCGAGGAUGCUACUUUGGGUGGGAUCGACUGCGAUGUUUACCCACAAGUCCUCGCCUCGGACCGAGAAGUGUCAUUCGUAAUGUCGUACCAGCAAGAUUUCAGCAUCGUGCGUAGAGCGGCACCAGCAGAAAUCAGAAAGGCAUUGGAGAUCCCGCACAUGUAUGAUAACGGCCAACCCGCGCCCGGUCCUAACGACUUCUUGUUCAUCCCAACCGGAGCGUACACUCGCGAGCAAUACGAUUCUGGCGCUCUCAGUUUUCCGUCCGAAGCCGACCGGAAAGCAAUUCAGUCGUUCAUCGACACUGCGAACAGUUUGUUGCCAGACGUGGUACGGGACGAGGCUAGCUUGAAGCUCGAAGACAUGCGGUAUGAGAUUCAUCACCUGCAAGCCCUCAUGAUGCCUCCAUACAACCUUUCCGAGCGUGAGGAGCUGCUGCCUCCCCGGCAUUUGCUGCCUUUGAUC